AAAUUUCCUCUGCGCGUCCGUGCGACCUCUUCCUCUCCGGGAACAGGUUUCAGCUCCAAACAGCAGCCGGAGUCCAGCGCGUCGCAGAUUUUAAUCCCGGGAAUCCGAACUGUUCAUGGCAGAACUCUUUUCUAAAAGAUAAAGAUGUAAAAUCUUUGGGUGUUUUUUCUUCUGAUUUGUGAAAUAAUUUGCGGAAGAGCUGCAUGAGUCCUGCUGGCUGCUGAUCCCGGAGCUGAGGCACAUCUGGGGCCGCGGCGCGCAGAGACACCGAACUCAAACCAUCUUCCUGUCCGGGCUCAGCAUGAACCUGAUCGGGGGCUACCAGCACCACCACCACCACCACCUCAUGCACGAACCCUUCCCGUUCGUCCAGCGGUGCCACCAGGACUCGCCCUACUUUCAGAGCUGGGUUGUGAACCACGGAGAGGUUCCCCCGGACUUCCAGAUCCACCAGGCGCCCUACGCGGCCGCGGAGCUGGGGGCGCACGGAGCGACGCACGACGGCCGGCUGGAGGGGCUCCAGGCCGGGAUGGGCAAGAGGAGAGCGGCGGGGCCGAAGAAGGAGCGCCGGAGGACGGAGAGCAUCAACACGGCGUUCGCGGAGCUCCGGGAGUGCAUCCCCAACGUGCCCGCGGACACCAAGCUGUCCAAGAUCAAGACUUUACGCCUCGCGACCAGUUACAUCGCGUACCUGAUGGACGUGCUGGCCAAAGACUCCGGGGAGACCGAGGGCUUCAAGGCCGAGAUCAAGAAGUUCGAGAGCCGGGAUCUGAAAAGGAAACGGGAGCUGACUGACGGCCUGCAGGACUCUUUAGGGCCGGAGAAGAAGGUGAAGGGCCGGACCGGGUGGCCCCAGCAGGUCUGGGCUCUGGAGCUCAACCAGUGACCCCCAGCAGGACUCACAGACCCCCAAAGACCCCCAAAGACCUCCUGACGGACGCUCUGGAUUUAAACCUGAUAUACAGAGACACGCGCGCGCGCGCACUGAGGAUCAGAGAAACGCGCGACAGG